AUGGAGUCUGCAGCAAGUUCUGAUACUUCGAAUUCUGAUUCAUGGCCUUAUUCAUCAAGCAAUCGAGGAAAUUCCAGAAUCCCUUUUUCUCCCCUUCGGUUCUUCAAUUCACCUGUUUCAUCUCUACUCGAAUACUCCGGGAUCCUCCGGGUUCGACCAGAUUUCCACUCCGAUGCCCAGCCCCUUAUGUCCGAAGCCACCAACAAUUCUGUUACAAUCAAUGAGAAUAGACUGAAUAGUACUAGUAAUAGUAAUGACAACAACGGGGAGGUUGCUAUUCGGAUAAUCGGGUCAGGGGAGCAAGAUAGAAUUAGAGGACAGGGUAAUCAAACUGGCUCGGGUUUGGGUUCGGAGGAGCCUACCGGGGAUUUUGUUGAUGAUAAUGGGAAUGGUAGCAGCAGCAGUAGUAAUGAAACCAACAGGGAAACGUCAUCUUCUCAAAGAUAUGAUAUACAGCAGGUGGCGAGGUGGAUUGAGCAGAUUCUUCCCUUCGCUUUGCUUUUAUUGAUGAUUUUCAUCCGCCAGCACUUGCAAGGAUUCUUUAUUACAAUUUGGAUCACUGCUGGCUUGUUGAAGUCUAAUGACAUUCUUCGGAAGCAGACAGCUCUAAAGGGAGAGAGAAAGAUUUCUGUCCUUGUUGGUUAUUCAUUUGCCUUCAUAAUUCAUGUAUCUGGAAUCUACUGGUGGUGUCGGAAUGAUGAUAUUUUCUACCCUCUAAUCAUGAUUCCUCCAAAGGUUAUCCCACCAUUCUGGAAUGCAAUUUUUAUCAUCUUGGUAAAUGAUACAAUGGUGCGGCAGACUGCAAUGGUCUUGAAGUUGGUUCUGCUAAUGUAUUAUAGGAAUGGCAGGGGCCAUAAUUUCCGCAGACAGGGUCAAAUGUUGACUCUAGUUGAGUACACGCUGCUUCUAUACCGAGCACUGUUACCGACCCCUGUAUGGUAUAAAUUCUUCUUGAACAAAGAAAAUGGAAGUCUCUUUUCAUCAUUGACAACAGGGUUGUAUUUAACUGUCAAGCUCACAUCAAUUGUUGAAAAGGUCCAAUCCUUCGUUGCUGCCUCGAAGGCAUUAUCGAGAAAGGAAGUACAUUAUGGGUCUUAUGCGACAUCAGAAGAGGUGAAUGUCGCAGGAGAUCUGUGUGCUAUAUGCCAGGAGAAGAUGCAUGCCCCUAUCUUGUUGCGCUGUAAACAUAUCUUCUGUGAAGACUGUGUUUCAGAAUGGUUUGAAAGGGAAAGAACUUGCCCUUUGUGCAGGGCUCUUGUUAGACCUGCUGAUCUUCGAUCAUUUGGGGACGGGUCGACAAUGUUGGUAUUCAGAGGAGUGUCGAGGAUGAUGGAUGUUGACAUGCUUCCUCGAGUCCAUGGGCAGUUUAUCAUUGAAUUGAACACUGGACUUCUCAAAAAGAAAAGUUUGCCAGAGUUACCAGGUAAGGAAAAAGUGGAGGCAUCGGGAGGAUCAGCCGGAGAAGUAGACGAGGAGAAGAUGGAUCCAACUGAGUCGAGCUGGAGACUCGGUGGCGGAGAUGAGUUUUUCUUUGGAAGUGAAAAGGACAGUAGCAUACUCAGCGAGUUUGGGUGA